GCAUCAUCGGCGGGAGUGUGUGUUGUGUCUGUGGAAAAUGAUCAAGAUGGAGCGACUUCUUGUUAUGCUACUGGUGGUAAUGAUGGUGACACCGAUAAAUUCAAUCGCGGUAAGACAAAGACUGUCUCAAGAGGACUGUGACAAAAUGGAUAUACGAAAGAUAAACAAUUAUUACUACGUGAAAGGUGCCCCGAUCAAUCUAACUGGGAUACCUUCAGAUUUCUCUGUGCACUGGCGAUCCGGAAGAGUUUUCUUCACACUAAUAAGCGAUGAUUAUUUAACAAUGAGAGUCCAAGUCUUAAAAGGCAAUGAAGUCAAAACUAUCAAAAUGGAUGUUGUCGGUCAGUCAACCACUGUAGAUAACUACAACGACAUUGUUUAUGUGGCUACUGAUAAUGGAGUGUAUAAAUAUAAUGUAGAUGGCACACUGGAACAUUACACAGCGGCUGGGGAAGAUGUUAUGUACGUUGCCGUUUCUAAAGAUGGAGUGAACAUGUUUAUAGCCACAUGGCCUCAGAAUAGAGUCCAAUUGAUUCGUAACAACGGUCAGCAUCAGGAGACGUUCUCUUUAAUACCUAACGGACAUGAUUUGAGAAUAGACACUUGCAAUAACGUUUAUUUUGUGGCAGCUAAAACUUCUUACGUUUUGCAAGCAGAUAACACUAUACCUAUUAGAAUUAAAGGCUUGCCAAAGAAUAAUAUGACAGGUAUUUUUGUAAAUAGAUCAGAUAAGGUAUACGCUAUGGAUGAAACAGGGAAUAUGUAUAGAAUUGAUGCAGAUCAAGCGAAAGCUACUCUACUUGGUUCAUUUCACAUUAAUGGUGUAAACGCUUUCGCUUUGGACGCGUUUGAUAAUGUACUUAUUGGUGUGCAUGGCGCCAUCUUGAAAUAUAAUAAGAUGGAAAGUUCUCCGUGUAGUGUGCUGAUGACGCUCAGUUAG